UGUGCCCAUAACGGGCAGCGCGCACUCCGAGGCGGCUUCUCCAGAGCGCAGGCUGGGACUAACGGGCACCGCGAGCCCAGAGCACCCCCGGAGCUGAGUAUACCACGCGCCCCCACCACACCCACCCCAUGGCCGCUGAAUGAGGCUUCCAGGUGCCCGCUUGCUGCCCGCAGCGCCCCGCCGGAGGUUCGCUCGCUGAAGGGCGGCUGGUGCGCUGGCCGCCAGUGCGCUCACCUGCCAGCUUGCGCGCCAUGGGGCAGCCCGGGAACGGCAGCGUCUUUUUGCUGGCGCCCAACGGAAGCCACGCACCGGACCAAGACGUCACACAGGAACGGGACGAGGUGUGGGUGGUGGGCAUGGGCAUCGUCAUGUCGCUUAUCGUCCUGGCCAUUGUGUUUGGAAACGUGCUGGUCAUCACAGCCAUCGCCAAGUUCGAGCGUCUGCAGACGGUCACCAACUACUUCAUCACCUCCCUGGCCUGUGCUGACCUGGUCAUGGGCCUGGCGGUGGUGCCCUUUGGGGCCAGCCACAUCCUCAUGAAAAUGUGGACUUUUGGCAACUUCUGGUGUGAGUUUUGGACUUCCAUUGACGUGCUGUGCGUCACGGCCAGCAUUGAGACCCUGUGCGUGAUCGCCGUGGAUCGCUACCUUGCCAUCACAUCACCCUUCAAGUAUCAGUGCCUGCUGACCAAGAAUAAGGCCCGGGUGGUCAUUUUGAUGGUGUGGGUCGUGUCCGGCCUUACCUCCUUCUUGCCCAUUCAGAUGCACUGGUACCGGGCCACCCACCAGGAAGCUAUCAACUGCUAUGCCAAGGAGACCUGCUGUGACUUCUUCACGAACCAAGCCUAUGCCAUUGCCUCCUCCAUUGUGUCCUUCUACUUGCCCUUGGUGGUCAUGGUCUUCGUCUACUCCAAGGUCUUCCAGGUAGCCAAAAGGCAGCUCCAGAAGAUCGACAAAUCUGAGGGCCGCUUCCAUGCCCAGAACAUCAGCCAAGUGGAGCAGGAUGGGCGGAGCGGGCCCGGACAACGCAGGGCCUCCAAGUUCUGCUUGAAGGAACACAAAGCCCUCAAGACUUUAGGCAUUAUCAUGGGCACUUUCACCCUGUGCUGGCUGCCCUUCUUCAUUGUCAACAUUGUGCACGUGAUCCAGGAUAACCUCAUCCCUAAGGAAGUUUACAUCCUUCUAAACUGGGUGGGCUAUGUCAACUCUGCUUUCAAUCCCCUUAUCUACUGCCGGAGCCCAGAUUUCAGGAUUGCUUUCCAGGAGCUCCUGUGCCGGCGCAAGUCUUCCUUGAAGGACUCUGGGAAUGGCUACUCCAGCAACAGCAAUGGCAGAACUGACUACCCAGGGGAACAGAGUGGAUAUCACCUGGGGGAGGAGAAAGACAGUGAACUGCUGUGUGAGGAUCCCCCAGGCACGGAAGACUUUGUGAACCGGCAAGGCUCAAUUUCCACCAUGUUCUCCCAAGCUCUUCUUCUCAGCUCCCCGGGGCUUCCCACAACCAACCUAAGCCCCCAAAGGCUGGGGCUGCUGAAAUGUGCACCAGAUAUGCCUUUGGCUGUGUUUAUCAGACCCAGCCUGGCUCCUGUGGCUGAAGCAAAGGAUCUGGCUGUUCAGGUGACCCUGGCCUGCCUGCAACCUGCCCAUCUGGCCUGAAGAGAUGGAACCUUCCUCUCAGCUCUGCCUUUCAUUUACUGCUCUGGGCCCAGGCAAAGACCUUGCCUGUUGUGCUUCAGUUUCCUCAUCUCUGGGGAAUGGUAUCUUUGUUUCACACGGGACACUGUGCAUUUUACAGCAGCCCCUUUACCUGUGGUUUCCGUUUAAUACCAUUACAACCUGUGAUGUAGAGCAGCGGUCCCCAAACUUUUUGGCACCAGGGACCAGUUUUGUGGAAGACAGUUUUUCCAAGGACGCGGGUGUGUGGGGGUGUGGGAGGACGGUUCAGGCGGUAACCCGAGGGAUGGGGAGCGAUGGGGAGAGGCAGAUGAAGCUUCACUUGCUCACCCGCCACUCACCUCCUGCUGUGUGGCCUGG